GACCCGUGAAAGUGUGAAACAACCAUUUCUGCUCCUGGCGGAAAAAUCAAACACUUCUCCGAAUCCUAAAUUUCGAUGAAAUAACCUUCCCAAGCCCAAUACCUCCUCCUUUUCUUUUCCUACGCACUUGCCCACCAACAUUCACCAUAAAAACGUCCCCGAUUUCUUCCUUUCUCAGGUUGCAACUCCCAAGAUAGGCUGGUAAAACCCAGAUUUCUCCUCCAAUUCUCUUUUUUUGUUUCACCAUCUGUCGAAAGAAAACAGACCCAUCUCAUUUUUUUGAGCUGCAUUUGAUGACGGUUUGCAGUAAUGGGUACCCCUUUGCCUCGUGAAUGGCUCGGUAUUCAACAAUUCCCCGCCGCUACACAAACAAAAUUGUUCGAGUUGUUGGGCAAAUUGAAGCAAGAGAAUGUCAAUACUUUGACUAUCCUUGUUAUGGGCAAAGGCGGUGUAGGAAAGUCUUCCACUAUUAAUUCUCUUCUUGGAGAGCAAGUUGUUCGAGUCACUGCUUUCCAGUCAGAGGGCUUGAGACCUGUGAUGGUUUCACGCUCCUGGGCAGGGUUUACAUUGAAUGUAAUUGAUACACCAGGGCUUGUGGAGGCCGGAUAUGUCAAUCACCAAGCUCUUGAGUUGAUCAAAGGGUUUCUUUUGAAUAAGACUAUAGAUGUUUUGCUUUAUGUUGACCGCCUGGAUGCAUAUAGAGUGGAUGACUUGGAUAAGCAGAUUAUUAGGGCUAUCACCAACAGUUUUGGCAAAGAAAUAUGGCGCAUAAGUUUGCUUGUGCUCACUCAUGCACAGCUUUGUCCACCAGAUGGACUAAAUUAUGAUGUUUUUUCCUCUAAAAGAUCAGAGGGGGUGCUAAAGGCCAUCCAUAUGGGAGCUCGGAUUAGGAAAAAGGAAUUUGAGGAUUCUGUCAUUCCUGUUGUUUUGGUUGAAAACAGUGGGAGGUGCAAUAAAAAUGACAACGAUGAAAAGAUUCUUCCCAAUGGUGAUUCUUGGAUUCCAAACCUAGUAAAAGCAAUCACAAGCGUUGCAACAAAUAAAAGCUCAGCUAUUGUAGUUAGCGAGAAGUUGGUAGAUGGGUCUGACGGAAAUGAUAGGGGAAAAAUGUGGAUUCCUGUUAUUCUUGGGCUUCAGUGGUUUGUUGUCGAAUGGAUUCAAGGAGCAAUAGAAAGGGAUAUUGCAGCUGGUUAAGGACCUGGACCUUUAUGAAAGCCACAUGAAUGGGAUCUGGCCGGCUUCAACUCAAGUUUCAUUGGGUCUUGUUAAAGAUUCUAUAUUAUAUUAGUUUUCCUUUUUAUUUU